AUGGAAUCGAUCAAUGUGGUUAUAGAUGACAUAGGUUCUCCUACUUCAGCGACAAAUGAGGAAGAAGAUGGUGAGCCUUCAAUCCUGGUUACUGAACCACAAAGUCAAAGAGUUGCUGAGGUCCAAGCACAUUGUCUCAGUAUUUUGACUGUUCAAUCUAUGGAUACUAUGUUACAUGAUAUUCUAAUAGUUAAAGAAUUCCCAGAUGUGUUUCCGAAAGAAUUACCAAGGAAAUUAGUUGAUCGAGAAAUUGAAUUUACCAUUGAAGUUAUGCCGGGUACUCAACCUAUCUUGAAGACCCUGUAUCGAAUGUCAACAGCUGAAAUGAAAGAAUUGAAAGUUAUGUUUCUAGGGCAUGUAAUUAACAAGAAUGGGAUUUUGGUGGAUCCGCAGAAGAUUGAGAGCACUGCUUUGCUCCAAUUUAAGCAACUCUUUUCCGUCGAUUGCUCUAAUGUUUCUGAUGGUUGCUAUCCACGGAAUAAUAAUUGGAAAGAGGGUACAGAUUGUUGUGCAUGGGAUGGGGUCACAUGUGAUUACACCACUGCUCAUGUCAUUGAGCUCGAUCUCGGUUGUGAGUGCCUAUAUGGUACCAUCCAUCCAAACAGCAGCCUCUUCAAUCUUGUUCACCUUCAACACCUCGACCUUUCUUGGAACAACUUCAAUCACUCUAAAAUUUUACCUUCAUUUGGCCGUUUCACAAAUUUGACCGUUCUUAAGGUCCAAGACUCCCAUCUUUCUGGCCCAAUACAAUCAUCAAAAGAAGAAGUCUGGCAAGGGAAUAACUUCUCCAAUAGCAUUUUCCACUUACAGAAAUUGCAGGAGCUGUCGUUAGCCAGUAACAGAAAACUCACAAAUAAAAUUCCAAGUUUUAUCAAUGGAACUCUCCGGCACCUUAGGCUGUUGUAUCUCUAUGAAACAGGCUUCGCCGGAGAGCUACCUAAUUCCAUCGGCCAACUUGAGUGCUUGGAGGAGCUAGACCUCCAUGACUGCAAUUUCUCUGGAACGAUUCCGAGAUUUCCUAAGAAUCUUUAUUCUUUAGAUCUUUCACACAACAAUUUUGAAGGCCCAAUUCCACCUUUUUCCAUCUUCUCGCAACUUAGUUACAUAAAUUUCUCAAACAAUCAACUAACAGGCCCAAUUCCACCAUCUUCCUUGUUUCAUCUUGUGAACCUUAACCGUCUUGAUCUUUCGUCAAAUAAUUUAAGCGGCACUGUUGAGCUGGACAUGUCUGCAAAGCUUGAAUAUUUGGAAUAUUUGGAUCUUUCAAACAGUGGUCUAUCAUUGACCACCACCAACUCCACUCCCUCAUCUUUCCGAUAUAUUGAGAUAUUACGAUUGUCGUCUUGCAACAUAAGUAAAAUUCCUGAAUUUUUAAAAACCCAAAAGGAAGCUUUAGACGUGCUAGACCUUUCAAACAACCGCCUAAAUGAACUCAAUCCACUUUGCAAUCUUGAUCCUAGAUAUCUCGAUCUGUCCAAUAACCAAUUUGCUGGAUUAAUUCCUACCUGUUUCGCAAACCUCACUGGAUUAAGAUUUUUAAAUUUGCAAAGAAACAAUUUCCAUGGUAGCAUCCCUCAAACAUUUGGAUACGCAAGCAUGUUAGAGGACCUUGACAUUAGCCACAAUGGAUUGCAAGGGGUGCUUCCAAGAUCAUUGACGAAUUGCACGAACCUAGAAAUUUUGAAUCUGGGUCAUAAUUUGAUAGAAGAUACUUUUCCAUUUUGGUUGGAGAAGCUGCCCAAAUUGAAGGUUAUUGUGUUGCAAGAUAAUAAAUUCCAUGGUCCCAUAGAGCAACCAGGAAAGAGAUUAGCCUUCACCAAUUUACAUAUCGUUGACAUUUCUCACAAUGACUUUAUAGGUACUUUGCCAUCAAAAUACUUUGAGAGCAUGCAUUCAAUGAUGAUAGAUGAUAAAGACAAAUCCGUCUUAAAUUAUAUGGGCUAUGAUUUUGGUUAUUAUUCAGUAACCAUAAUGAAUAAAGGACUGGAAAUCACUAGACACAAAACUCCACGCUCGCUCGAGCGACAAACAGCUCGUUCGAGCGAAGGACUAAAAACUUGGGCAUAUAAUCCUUCUAUCACAUACCGUUGA